CUGUGUGUUAGAGGGGGUGUAUAUAUAACCCAUACCUUGGUGGGGUGUGUGGUGUUCUCCUUUCUCCCUGUGUGGAUGCUACUCUCUCCUCCGGUCCUUGGAUCUGUCUUUCUCCUCUCCUUUCCUGGACCUAAACAUGGCUUACAGACUUUCAGGUAGCUAAAGAAAUAGGCUGAUGUAGUGUGGGGUUGCAUUGUGAUGGAUGCUUGUCUUGUUCAUAUGGGUUCAAUCCAUUACUGAUACCUAGUGCUGGUGGUUUGGUUUGGGGAGAUUUUCUCAAGUUCGGUCAAAGACACUGGCUGGUAGGUUGUGGGAAGUUCCUCUUGGGCAUUGGCUAGUAUGUUUGGUGGGUCAGAAUGGACAUUUUGUGGGGAACCACUACUCUGGAGUUCAUUUUCUAAUGAUUGUAUUUUUGGUGGAAAGGAAGCUAAGGUCUUAUGACACCACAAAGGGAGCAACCAUUUUUCUGGAGAAAAGCGACAGUUUUACCUUUUUUAAGGCAAUGCUAUUUACAGCUGGAUUGAUGCAUCUGUAUCGUGGAAAUUAAGUCCUUGGGACAGCAUACUUUAGGCUGUCAGUAGUGGAUGAAAGAUGAUUCAUUCAAUAUUUAAUGGGUACAUUUCAAGUCAGACAGAGAUAUCACAUGGUAGAUCCUAUACAUACAGUGCCUUCAGAAAGUACUCAGACCCCUUGACUUUUUCCACUUGACUUUUUUUGAUGUGUUACAAAGUAGGGUUAAAAUGUAUUUAAUUGUCAUUUUUUUUUCAACAAUCUACACAAAAUACUCUAAUGUCAAAUUGGAAGAAAAAAUUUAACAUUAAAACCCCCGCUAAUAUAUCUUGAUUAGAUAAGAAUUCACCCCCCUAUGUCAAUACAUGUUAGAAACACCUUUGGCAGCGAUAACAGCUGUGAGUCUUUCUGGGUACGUCUCUAAGAGCUUUACACACCUGGAUUGUGCAAUAUUUGCCCAAUAUUAUUUUUAAGCUCUGUCAAGUUGGUUGUUGAUCAUUGCUAGCCAGCCAUUUUCAAGUCUUGCCAGAGAUUUUCAAGCAGAUUUAAGUCAAAACUGUAGCUAGGCCACUCAAGAACAUUCAAUGUUAUCUUGGUAAGCAACUGUAGUGUAGAUUUGGCCUUGUGUUUUAGGGUUAUUGUCCUGCUUAAAGAUGAAUUCAUCUCUGAGUGUCUGUUGGAAAUCAGACUGAACCAGGUUUUCCUCUAGGAUUUUGCUUGUUCUUAGCUACAUUCAGUUUAUUACUUGCCGAUGACAAGCAUACUCAUAACAUAAUGCAGCCACCUCCAUGCUUGAUAAUUUGUAGAGUGGUACCCAGUGAUGUGUUGUGUUUGCCCCAAACAUAACACUUUGUAUUCAGAACAAAAAGUUAAUUCCUUUGCCUAUUUCUUUUUGCAUUAUUACUUGAGUACCUUGUUGCCAAACAGGAUGCAUGUUUUGGAAUAUUUUGUAUUCUGUACAAGCUUCCUUAUUUUCAUUCUGUCAUUUAGGUUAGUAUUUUGAAGUAACUACAAUGUUAUUGAUCCAUCCUCAGUUUUCUCCUAUCACAGCCAUAAAACUCUGUAACUGUUUUAAAAUCAUCAUUGGCCUCAUGGUGAGAUCCCUGAGCGGCUUUUCUUCCUCUCCGGCAACUGAGUUAGGAAGGACGCCUAUAUCUUUGUAUUGACUGGGUGUAUUGAUACAACAUCCAAAGCCUAAAUAAUAACUUCACCGUCCGUGCUCAAAGGGAUAUUCAGUGUCAUAAAAAAAAAAAAUCUCCCUUCUUUCUGAGGCAUUGAAUCUGUUUGAAUCUGUGCUUGAAAUUUGAUACUCAACUGCGGGACCUUACAGAUAAUUGUAUGUGUGGGGUACAAAGAUGGGGUAGUCAUUCAAAAAUCUGGUUAACCACUAUUAUUGCACACAGUGUGUGUGAUUUGUUAACCUAAAUGUUUACUCCUGAACUUAUUUAGGCUUGCCAUAACAAAGGGGUUGAAUACUUAUUGACUCAAGACAUUUCAGCUUUUCAUAAAAAAGAAUUUUUGUACACAUUUCUAAAAUCAGAAUUCCACUUUGACAUUAUGGGGUAUUAUGUGUAGAUCAAUUUAAUACAUGUUAUAUCCAGGCUGUCACGCAACAACAUGUGGAAAAAGUCAGGGGGUGUGAAUACUUUCUAAAGGCACUGUAGCAGUUGAUCUUACGGACCUCCAUAACCCUCUCUCUGGGGUCCGUUUGGCUUUGAUCUGCCAUCAGUAAGCCAUCAGUGAUCAAUGUUGAUGAGAGCCAGGCUCUGUGAGGCUAUCCCUGGCACCAUCCUGGUUCACCACUCACUGUACUCUUACUCUGAUCUUUCCAUUGUAAAGUGGUUCCCCCACCCCAGGGACCAAAGUGGUAUACUCCAACCCAUCCUACAAAGAGUGCUGGUGCAUACCAGGGCUGUUUCUGUGGAGGCAGCUGUGUGAUUGGCAGUAGCUGAAAGGCUUAGCGCUUAAUCACAGUGGUCUUUUAUUAGGCACAUCUAGACCCACAAUGGUCACUGUGGCACAGUUGCAUCCACAGUGUCCUCAAAAGUCACUCCUCUGACUUUGUGGGCCUAGAUGUCCCUGCCAUAAGGGCACAGUGCUUACACACUCAGAAUGGAAUGCAUGGUUAACUAAUUCUGAGACUGUGAUACCUUGCUACCCUACUGCCUCUAUUCUAGCCAUUGAUCCGGUCCUGCCAGUUGGAUUCUGUUGGACUGGCUCGUACCACGAGAUAAGAAUGGGGAUGACUCACCGGUGGCUCAGUAUAGGGGCUUAAACCAGGCUGCCUCCUGUGAAGACGGGCCUCUCUCUUUCCCCUCUCUAGUAGUCACUCUGCUAAAUGACUAAAAUGUAAAUGUAAUCCAUUCAUCCUCACUGGACACUACAGCUGGGAGAGAGCACAUACCACAGCUCCUCUAACUCAUCCCGUUCAGUUCACCACACUCACUGUUGACCACAUCCCCAGGCCACUCGAAGAGCACCAAUUGGCUUUCGUAAAUAUUUGCAGUGUUCCCAUGGCUACCAGGAUAUAUUGUCAUUCCAUCAUGAGUAUUUCCCCCCAUUGCUCUCAUUGUAUUAAAAAGGAUUAAGAUACUUGAGCGCUCACAAUAAUAUCACAUCUGUUGUCUCAUAAAUCAGAGAUAUUUUCGUCAUGGCUCCCAAACGGCUAACCCCACCAAAGUGAUCCACCCUGAUUGAGAUUUGGUAGUUUUGGCAUAAUCUAGAUUAUAGUGUGUUCCUCUCUAGUGUGUAUAGAUGGGUUGGUUGUUUAGCAACAAAACUGACACAACUAUGGGGCAAAAUAGACAGGGUUGGCUUAGAUUGUUGACAACAUGUAAACUAUAUUUUGUCUCCAAUGUUUAUUGAAAACAUAAAUACAUUUGCACAAUUAGCACUUCUCGCUCAAAUACAUUCUUACAGUUGUUAGUUAGGCAGCUAGCAUAUUUUAGCCAUAUUAGCAUUGACAUGAAAUCAGUCAAAACAAGACAUGGUAUCAAGAACAAGAUGAAACUAGUUUAAACGAGUCACUUACGAUUCCCAACAUGGCAGUUUCUUGUCAUUCUUGCUAGCAAUCUGUCCAUCCAGAAUCACAACAACACGCUGACUUCUGCCCCAUGGAAGCGCGCAAAUUGUUUUCGGGACGUUGUCAGCUAACCCAUCUAUGGCGACAUGUAGGAGGCUUGCAAGUGCAUGACACUGACAAUCAAGAUGAUCACGAUGACACAUAGGUCAUUGAAAGGCUGAAAGAGCAUGGUUCAUUCCAGGGAGGCCAUAGAACACAACCAAUCAAGUCGACUGUGCUAUUUUGGACGCAGUAAUUGCAGAAUAACUGCAGUGUACUGCAGUUGAACUGCAGUUAUACUGCACUCUAACUUCAGUUACACUGCAAAAUUACUGCAGUAAAAAAACAGUGUUAUUUUGGACGCAGUAUUUGUAGCAUACUGUAGUUAUACUGCACUCUAAUUACAGUUAUACUGCAGUGUACUGCAGUUAUACUGCACUCUGACUGCAAUAUUUUUCCUAAGGGCAGUGUUGGGGAGUAGUGAACUACAUGUAGUUCAAAUAGUAAUUUAACUAAUUUCCGCAGUAGCUUGGUGGUAGUAGAACUAAAUAAAAUCUAGGUAGUGUUUUCACUAGUUAAUUGCUUACUACUGGAACUACACACUACUUUUUUUUGCAAAACGCAGAGAAAAUAUGGGUGAAGAGGCAAUAAUUUACAUUAUUUUCCAGCAUCAGACCUAGCUAAUUCUCACUUGAAACAUCGUUUUUGUAUUGAAUGGGCUAAUUUACACAUUCUGUAAACAUAUGACCCCAAAGGGAUCUGUCUUGCAAUUUGUAUUCUAUGACAUUUCAGAUUUACAUAUGAUAAUCUUUCACAAAGUAGUUUGGCUGUAGUGAACUACUUUUUCAAGGUAACUUUAGUUAAGUAAACCGUAUUUUUCUUAAGGGUAGCUUUAGUGUAGCUUAACUUCUUCCAGUGUGAAGUAAUUGGUAGCUUGGUAAACUAUAUUUUCAGAGGAGCGUCCCCAACACUGUAGGUCUUAUCCUGACGGAUGAUCCGUCCGUGCUGCCCGUUGUGAUGGGAAUUUCGGAAUGUUAAUGAGAGGAACAGGGGACGGUUUUGUUUACACUAACAGCCAAUUAAAUGACGCUGCCAAAAAGGAGACAACGGCAGAGAGGUUGGAUGGGGUGUGGUGGACUGAAUGAGCCAGGCACUCUAAAAAUAUGACCUAAACUUUCCAACAAAGCCUGAUAAAGUCAGCCAACCCCUGCAGGGCCGAGUUAGACACAGCGUGAUGACUACACGCUAAAGCUCUGUUCACAGCCAGACAUCUGUGGGUCGUUUUCGGCAGCAAUUUUCCACACACUUCCCUCAGCCGUUUGGCAUGCCGGUGCUAAGCCCCUUGCCUGGCUGGGUCUGAUUAGAGGACAGGUCUCGUACUGGGAUGCCAGCUUGAACAUGUAUUUUUCUUAGCUUGGAUGAUGGAUAGGUUUUGUGUGUCUGGGUGCCUGCUAGACAGGGCCAUGUUUUAUCAACAUGACAGGGUGUGUGUGUGUGUGUUAAUGGCAGUGUGAGGACGUUUGGAGGGCCCGGAGUCAUUAUUCAGGUCUGGGUGCAUGCAUUGAAGACGGCUGAGGAACUAGUUUCAAUUUCAAGUUUUAAUGUCACGUGCACAAGUACAGUAAAAUGCUUUUAUUGCAAGCUCUAACCCCAACAGUGCAGUAAUCAAUAACAAUGUAAUUCUAAAAAUAACAUAUGGUAGAACAUAAACAGACGAUAAAUAGAAAUAGGAAUGACAUAAUAGCAGCAUAAGACUGAUAUGAAUAACCCAUUGUAUGAUGACUUACAGGUAUUACAUAAAUCAUAUAGGUAUUACAUAAGUACUUGGAUGUAUUUUGCAGGCCCACAGGGACCAUACAGAUGUUGGAUCUUAAAUUUGAUCACCCUGUUGCAGGAGUUUGUAAUUUCUACUUUGACAUUUCAGAAUUGAUUUUCAUUAAAGAAAAAUCUAUCAACCCUUACUAAAAAGUGGCAUUAAUUAUAAUCCACAUUUCCUGUUGCUGCAGGAUUAUUUUCCUGCUGUAGCAAACUGCCUCAAAUUAAGAUCCUACAUUUGUAUUGAGAUCUAGUCUGUAGUGAUGCUGACUCAAAGUGUAAUCUACACUGUAGCCCUAAGGUGACUCUGAGACAUUUAAUGUGUAUGACAGUUUAGUUCCAAUAAAUCUGCUUACUUGUCAAUUGAUUCCUCAAUUAAUUAAAUGAGUGAUUCAUGUAUAUAUGACUUCUUCCCCAAUAGUAAAUGUGAUUGUUGUUUGUGUUCAUACAGGGCCGAGGAGCUAUUCUACUUCCACCAUGACUGAACGCUUUGACUGCUACUAUUGCCGUGACAACCUGCUUGGGAAGAAGUAUGUGAUGAAGGAUGAGAAGCACGUGUGUACAAAGUGCUUCGAAAAGCUCUGUGCCAACACCUGCGCAGAAUGCCGUCGCCCCAUUGGGGCUGAUGCCAAGGUGGGUAUUGUGUAUGUCCUUGUGAGUGUGUGUGUGUGCCCUGAAGUGUGUGUAUGUGUGUUCAUAAAGCUGAUUGGCUUCAGUUCAUAUGUCUAGAUUAAGGCCAGUGUUACAUAUCUGGGCCCGUAUGCACAAGGUCUCUCAGAGUAGGAGUGCUGAUAUAAGAUCAGUUUUGCCUUUUAGAUCAUAACGUAUAUGAUUAAAUGGACAGGUGUCGACCUGAUCCUUGGGCAGCAGCUUCCACAACAUAAUAGUCAGCAUUCAGUCACAGAUACUUACUUGUGUUAUAGACACUAUCAUUGCUAACGAACCCUGAAGUAUUAUACCAUUCACAUUGUUUCACCAUGAUUAGUGUCUACCCCAUAUUGGCGGUCAGUCCCUUCAUGCUAUGCUGCACUCAAAUUCACUUAAUCUACACUAAUGCUUUCCAGAAGGACAUACUCUGUUUCCUGGUUAACACCUCUGAAUACCGUCGCCAACAAAUGAUUGGGGAAAGAGCCUCAGUUUGAUGAGGUGUGUAUGAAGCCCAUGUGAAUGAAUGCAUCUCACGCUUCUCCCUCCCUCCUCCACUCUGUCCAGGAGCUUAACCAUAAGAACCGUCACUGGCACGAGGACUGCUUCCGCUGUGCCAAGUGCUACAAGCCCCUGGCUAACGAGCCCUUCAGCGCCAGGGACGACGGCAAGAUCAUGUGUGGCAAGUGUGGCUCCCGCGAGGAUGGCAACCGGUGCCAGGCCUGCUACAAGGUGGUCAUGCCAGGUGGGCUUAACCAUACCCAUAAUACACUUCUUCUUUCCUAAAAGUGACCUAGCACUGUGUAGUUGGCUGCUGUUUAAAAUGUUUUAUGUUGUUCUUGUGAAGCCCAGGGCAAAUUCCAAUAGUGUGUGUGUUUGAGUAAAUUCACUCUGAAGUGCCAGAGUGCACUCUGGGUGUUCAUAUAUUCAGAGCAUUGUCAGAUUGUCAGUUCGUAAAUUCAGAGCAUUUCGCUCUCAGUCUCGGAGUGUUCAGAGUGCACACUGGACGCUCUGGCCGAGGAGUAGGGUUGAUAUGAGUCUUCUGACCUCACAAUGGCAGUCAAGCACCCAAGCUAACUGGCUAAAGUUGGCUAGCUUGCUAGCUACUUCCAGACACAAAUGAGAGAACACCUCACUGACCAUUUUACUCGCCCUAGCAUAAUAGGUUAGACUCUUCAUGUUAUCUAGAGCGUUGGUGACAUGCUGACUAGCCAGGGCGCGUGAGUGCGUCCGCGUGCGCCAUCGUGCGCAUGUUGAUUUUAUCCACCCACACCAGACACGAUCAGUACACGCAGGUUAAAAUAUCAAAAUGAACUCUGAACCAACUAUAUUAAUUUGGGGACAGGUCGAAAAGCAUUAAACAUUUAUGGCAAUUUAGCUAGCUAGCUUGCUGUUAGUAGCUAAUUUGUCCUGGGAUAUAAACAUUGGGUUGUUAUUUUACCUGAAAUGCACAAGGUCCUCUACUCCGACAAUUAAUCGACAGAUAAAACUUGUUUUCUAGUAAUCUCUCUUCCUUCUGGCUUCUUCUUCUUCGAACUUUAUAUUGCGUUUGUCAACCAACUUUAAAAGGUGCAUUACCACCACCAACUGGACUGGAGUGUGUCUUUCAAUCGCCCAUGUGGGUAGAUGCUCCUAAAAACCAAUGAGGAGAUGGGAAAGGCAGGACUUGAGCGUCACAAAUAGAACCGAGUGCUAUUUUAGCGCCUGUUCACGCAGACGCUCGUUGACGCGCGCGAGCAGUGAGGGUGCAAUGAUUGAAUAACAUGUGUACAUUUAUUUCGCAACGCUCGCUCACGCGACGCGACGCGUGCGGUGUGGUCAACAUGUAAUAGUUGUGCUGCUGGCAACAAUUGAAUUACGUGUUUUUGCCGACGCUUACUGAUACCGGUCAAAUUCAACGGGUGUUGCACAUUCGUAAAUGCAUCAGAGAUUCUGCGCUCUGGCACACUCAGACAAGAGUGCUCUGAAAUCGGAGUAGAUAGCCAGAGUGAAUUUACGAACUCACCCACUGUGUGAAACAAGUGUCUGUAUUCUAAUGUAUUCUAUCUUUGACUGCCAGGCACCCAGAACGUGGAGUAUAAGAACAAGGUGUGGCAUGAGGAGUGCUUCACCUGCUUCGAAUGCAAGCAGCCAAUCGGCUCGCAGAGCUUCCUGAACAAGGGCGAUGACAUAUACUGCUGCCCAUGCCACGAGAAGAAAUUUGCCAAGAAAUGCUUCCACUGCAAGCAGGUGCAUAAGAUCUGUCCCUUCACAAACCCACAAACAGAACAAUAUAUAUUUCAUUCUGUUGUGAAUUUUGCUUAAUUCUUUCCUGCCAUGUUAUUACAGUGUAAUUACAGUAGGCCUAAUUAUAGCAUUCUUAUACUCAAGUAUACCUACAUAAGGUACAAGUUAUAGGAAAUUAUUUAUGUUAUUCAUAUAGAAUAACAUGGUGGUGUUUCUCUCCCCUCACCUCAGCCCAUCACCUCAGGUGGUAUAAGCUACCAGGACCAGCCAUGGCACUCCGAGUGCUUCGUGUGUCGUACUUGCGGUAAGGGCCUGGCCGGAACCCGCUUCACCUCCCAUGAGGAGCAUGUCUACUGUGUGGACUGCUACAAGACCUCCGUGGCCAAGCAGUGCAACAGCUGCAAGAAUCCCAUCACAGGUCAGACACCCACACUUUACAUGAACAUUUAUGCCUUAUAUUUAUUGUAUGGACAGACUGUUUUUAUGAUAAUAAAUUAAGGACUUCAUUAUGUGUAGGAUGGAAUGUUUUUAGUGAGAUUCAGUGGCAUUGAUAAGAUGUUAUGGCUGUAAACUGGUUAUAAUAGAUCUGACCCAUUACUAUGCUGACUGCUGCACAUACUAUCGCACAUAAUACAGGGUUUGGCCAUGGGACCAACGUGGUGAACUACGAGGGUCACUCCUGGCACGAGUACUGCUUCAAUUGCAAGAAAUGCUCCCUCUCCCUGGCCAACAAGCGCUUUGUCAUCAACGGAGAGGACAUCUACUGCCCUGACUGUGCUAAGAAGCUGUGAGCACAGCCAGCAAUAUGGCCAAAUAAGUGACCUGUCUCAUUCAUGUUGGGGGCAGAACAUAAACAGGAUAAGCCAACUAACUCAAAUUAAGUGCCAAUCAAGGGGUUAAAACUACAGAGAGAAAGCAUGUAUUAGGUUAAUCACCUGAAUGAAUUCUAACAGCAGUUGAAUAUGAAUCUUGUUCCACUGUUUUCUGUUAUUGUUGAGAACUAACACACCAAGUGGUUUGCUUUUUUUGGGCAUGCAAUAUAAUACUAAAAAGCUUGGGUCAAAUUCAGAACUCUUCAUAGUCAUUAGGGAAUGCCCUUUUCAGUGGCUUACUGAAACAGUCAUUUGAAAAUACUAAUAUGGUAAUUACAUGUUACCUGCUUCUUGAAUCAUAUACUAGCUAAGUAAUCGGUCAUGGUAUCU